AUGUCUCGUUACUCAUGGUCCUCCUCAGUCGGCACUAGUCCCUCAUCAUCUUCACCGGGCAGCGUCAUCUUCGGGCCUUACAGCAUGUCAUCUUCCAGAACCAACGGCAACUUCGGCGUCGCACAAAGGGCAUCGACAUGGCAAGAUGAGUUGGAAAAGCGGAACUUGCAAAAGGCGAGCAAGAUGCGUUCCGCUACUGACGUCGUUAUUACAGGACCUACUGUCGACGCCCUCUAUUGGUAUGACGGCCAAUAUGUCAAUGGAGCGAAAGAAGACGCAGCCGAACAAGCCUGUCGUCGACUUGGAAUCCAAGAACGCAAGAAGGACGCUAAUAGCCUACCGAGCGUGAGCUUUGCCGGUAGUAAAGGACGAGUCGAAGGCUGGGGAACAGUCAGGUAG